AAAGUCAUCGCGCGCCGCUCCUCUCCAAUGCAUUGGGAGCAACAUAACUAAGCAUUUGGCUCGUCCUCGGUCCAAAGUUUCUGCGAAGAGUUUGUAAUUCAAUAUCCCUCUCCUUUCCUAUGGUAAACCUGUAUUUGCCGUUUCGCCGCUUCUUUCUAUCCAACCCCCCCUCCCUUACUCCCCUCCCUCAAGUCAGCAUUAAACUUCCGUUCCGUCUAUGUGGACUGAUGAAAUGUAGGAAAUCUGUUUCUGGCGAAAAAAAAAAAAAACCCGCUUUCCCAAAGAGAGCACCAAGUAUACAGAGAUCAGAAGUAUGAACAGUGGCAGUAGCGCUGCUACGGUCGGGCUGCUCGGGCUAAGAGGACGGGCUACGAGAGGAGGAGAGGAGCUCUGAGCCAUUGCACGGGCAAAAGUUCAGGUACCAUCAGUGGCUGAAGGAUGUGCACUUCUCUGAGUCCUAAGGUCCGAGGCCCUGGCCUCUCUGAUAUGCACCAGUACAGCCAGUGGUUGGCCAGCAGACAUGAGGCUAAUUUGUUACCAAUGAAGGAAGAUUUGGCGCUAUGGCUGACAAACUUGCUGGGGAAAGAAAUAACAGCUGAAACCUUCAUGGAGAAAUUGGAUAAUGGUGCUUUGCUCUGUCAGCUAGCAGAGACUUUACAGGAGAAAUUUAAAGAAAACUGCAUUGAAAUCAAAUUUGGGAAGAAAAUGCCAGUGAGGAAAAUUCCCUGCAAAGCCAAUGCUCCAUCUGGAUCUUUUUUUGCACGGGACAAUACAGCAAAUUUCCUAUCUUGGUGCAGAGAUGUGGGAGUGGAUGAUACUUGUCUCUUUGAAUCUGAAGGGUUGGUCCUCCACAAGCAGCCCAGAGAAGUGUGCCUUUGUUUGCUUGAACUUGGAAGGAUUGCAGCCAGGUUUGGUGUAGAGCCUUCUGGAUUGAUAAAGCUGGAGAAAGAGAUUGAACAAGAAGAGACACUUUCGACUCCUCUUCCUUCUCCUUCCCCUUCCCCAACAAAGUCACCUGGCAAAAAGAGCACAGGAAAACUCCUGGAUGAUGCAGUCAAACAUAUUUCUGAAGACCCUCCUUGUAAAUGCCCUAGUAAAUUUUGUGUGGAGCGCCUUUCUCAGGGAAGGUACAGAGUUGGAGAGAAGAUCCUUUUCAUCAGGAUGCUGCACAACAAACACGUAAUGGUUCGUGUAGGAGGAGGAUGGGAGACAUUUGCAGGAUACUUGCUGAAGCACGACCCCUGCCGAAUGUUGCAAAUAUCUCGGGUGGACGGCAAAACCUCCCCCAUCCAGAACAAGUCUCCAACCAUCAAGGACCUGACUCCAGACAGCUACCUGGUGGUUUCUGCUCAUUACAAAACCAAAAAAGAGAUUAAGUGAAAUUGCCUUCUCAUUUCUUUGGGGGACUUGGUAUAUGUAGACCCACGCUAUUCUUCAUGUGUAGUCAAAUUAGUUGAUGCUUUGAAAGGACUUCUGGACUUAACAUGCAGACUGGAAAUGGCAACCCAUUUCAUGGAUUGUUGAAUGGUAGAACUAUUUAUUUCUAGUACUGUACCUUUUCAUAGCAAGUUACUCUUGGUAGGUUAAUUACGAAAACCAGAUUUUUUUAAGACAGACAUAUUUUUAGCCUAAUUAUUACUCUAUGAAUGUACUCGUAGGAUGAUUAAAACAAUAUGGAUCGUGUUAAAAAAAUGAAAUGGGACAAAUUUGAUUGAAAAAGCAGUAGGUAUGAUUCCCAAUAAUUUGCCGCAGCAAAGGAUUAUAUUCAAUUUAGUGGGGAAAAAAGCACAGGUGGGGAAGAAUAAUGUAAUGGGAAAAACAUCUGCCUUAGGCUCUGGAGAGCUAAUAUCAUAAUAGACAAUGCCAGACAAAUAUAUAUUUUGUUCAAAGAAAAACAGCUCUUUGUUUGUGAUUAUAUCACGUACAGCUCCAAUGAUUGUUGUUUGUAAAUGAUUAUUCAUGGGUUAACAUUUAAACAUGUGAACAGCCCAUUUAAUUUCCUCAACAAAUCAAGGCUGAUCACUACAGAUUAUCUGUAUGAAUCAAAUUGGUGAGUUUAUUCCGUGCUUCCAGGCUGAUUCCUAUAUGGAAAGAAGCUAAUCUAUACACAUAUUCUUUUAAAUGAAUGGGACGUUGGGAAAAUAUAUACUUGCAUCAGGCAGACUCAUAUUCAUAAGUAAUUGCUGGGCCAAUAUGAUAGCCCAUCUACAAAAUGAAAUUAAAAAGAAAUAAUAGAAAUCCUCUGUAAAUGGGUGGCAAAUGCUUGUUUUGUUUAUUCAUAUUAGAAAGUAGCUUAUGCUGGUAUAUACUGUGAGUUUGUCAGUUACGUCUGCCUCUGGCAUGCCUCAGAUAAUAUCUAUCUUGCUUGAGGCUCUAAAGCAGAACAACAAGCUUCAUGCCUGACCCAUUUGGUCAAUUGCCAUCUAGGGAGCUGGUUCACUGAAACAACAAUUUUCCCUUCAUUCAAAACCCAACACUAAUGACACAGUAAAAACACAACAAAGAUUCCCAGAAAGUCAGGAUUCAUGCAAUAGGUAGGUCACAAGUUAACACCACUUAAUUUUGGCUAAUGGACAAUUGCAAGAAAUGGAUAAGAGCAUCUUAGUAAUAUUGAUCUUUUGGAACCAGUAAAUAUUUUGAAACUAUGUACAUCUGUGAAAAAUUAUUGGGAAUGCUUUUAAAUUACCAAUUUCAUUCAGGAUUGUUUUUCAUAUUAAACCUGAGAUAUAUAUAGACUGUUGACCCUGCAGGAUAGUCUCUGCUUCUGAAUUCCAUUAUAUUUGGACAUACUGAAAAAAAAAAUGAAAAUAAUGUGUGCAUUCUCUGUAGAUAAAUAACGGGAAGGGGAUUGCCAUACACAUCUCCGUGAUAUAUGCAAAUGUUGGGGUUUGGGUUAUACGUUUUGCUAAUUUUCCUUGACUAUACUUGAUAACUUUGUGCCUUGCUAGGAAAAAAAAUCAUUGUUCAAUAAUUAUUUGAAUGGUGACUGUAUAAAUGAUGUGAUCAGCUGAUAUCACAUGGUGUAUUAGAAAUAAAGAUACUUUAAAAACA